UGGGUGUAUUUUGUGAUCAGGAUGUUUGUUAAUUCCGUGGAGGAGGCACUUGGCUUGGCACAGCUAAACUUUAAGUUGUACAUUUCUACCUUAUUUUAUGAGACAUCCUGCUCUGGAAGUUUCAGCAUCCAGGUAAAAUGAAAGUGCCGUAUCUCUGGCUUGUGCAGCUAGCUUACAGAUGCCACUAGUCUUUUUAUAGACAGGUCAUUGAGUAGGACAGGUCUCACUUUACGGCUAGCUCCAAGCAUCGCGCAGCAGCAACCAUCAAGGCUUCGUCCAAACUGAUCGAAGAGAGCCUGCGGGACUGAGUGGCAGCCGGACAUCGAGUGCUGCAUCAGGAGUGCUACAGGGGGACUGGCUGCUGUGGACGCACAUGUUGAGGCCUGAUGCAGGGACAGCUCUCGGUGACACUAUCAUUGGAACAUGGCUGGUAACGGGAAGGAAGUGAAAGUGAAGGAGGAGCUCUUGGACAUGAGUCUGAAGAAAGCAUGGAAGCCCCUCACAGAAAUGGCAAUACGCUGCACGCUGCCAAACUGCUCAUGUGAAUGCUUCGCUCCCGGAAAGUCAACGAUACGAGUUUGUGAGACAUGUAAACACGGAUGGGUCAUUCACGCUCUUGAUAAGCUCGGCUAUAACAGCGUCUACCCCCUAGGCAUGCAGGUCGAGAUCGUAGCACCCAACAUCGUGUUUGACAUCGCCAGUCUCAUGCUCUAUGGCACCCAAGCGACGCCCAUACGCCUUAAGAUCCUUCUCGAUCGCCUCUUCAGUGUUCUCCAGCACGAGGAGGUGCUACAAGUCUUGCACGGCUUUGGUUGGACUUACGAGGACUACGCCCGUGGUUAUAUCUUACAGGACCGAAACGGUCGAGUCCUCGAUAAGUGGUCGUUCACCAAUCGAGAUGAGGAGCAUAUCAUCAUACAACAGUUCUUACGCUUCGGAGAAACGAAAGCGAUCGCUCAGGAAAUCAUACUCGCCGAUACGAAAGAGAGACAGGAGCAACUCUUCCGCCAGUCGCCCAAAUCAGACUCUGAUAUCAAGAAGUUCUUAGAACGCAGCAAUAUUCAGAUGCAUAAUUUUGCCAGGUCAUUUGAUUCUCGUCAUGGACUGAUCCCGGUCAGCCGGCCAGCGCACACACCUAGCACAACAGGAUCUCGUAUCAUGAGCCCGACACGUGGCUCCACCUACUCUCCUGGCUGCUCCCGGGAACGUGAACCCUCCAGACCACUCAAGGUACCAACGCAAAGCACUAGUCCAAUGUCUACGUCCCCCCUCAAUCGUCUUUCUACUAUGCAACCAUUUGACUACCGGCGCGAUCCGAUAGGCACCGCUCUAGCAGCUGGAGAGAAGUCACAUCAUCCUAGUGUUCCGUUCACAUCGACACCUCUCAGUAUCCCUAGCCGGCCGAUCCCAAACAUCCCCAGUCUCCCUGGCCUACCAGACAUCAAGCCCAUGGCCCAUGUGCAGACCCAACCUCAGGAUCUGAGCAAAUCAGGCUCAAAGGCAAAGAAAGAGGAACCGAUAAGUUUCAGUUCUCCACCACUGCCGAGUUUCAGUUCACCUCCAGGGAUGUCAUCAUCUGGCAUGUCUAGAUUACAUCGCCCAACAGACUUCAGUAUGUCCUCCCCGUUCUCACACCACUUGCCCCUCAACGCCGGCUCUCACUACGCCGACAAGAAGGUGAAACAUCUGCGUAAGUCUGCCAACCCGAUGAAGCGCCAGUGGCAGCCGUCGGCCUCGUUUGGCAACAAUACAUUAAUAUCGCCGAGUGGGAAGAAACGUGUUCUCUGUACGGCUUGUAACAAGACUUUCUGUGACAAAGGUGCUCUCAAGAUACAUUACAGUGCUGUUCACCUGAAGGAGAUGCAUAGUUGUACGGUCGCUGGAUGUAACAUGCUGUUCAGUUCUCGCCGCAGCAGGAAUCGCCACAGUGCCAACCCGAACCCGAAACUCCACCGGCCGACCAAACAGAAGCUUCCUGAUGGUUGUAGUAUCAUCGAUGAUGGCAGCAACCAGGCCAAGUUGCUCGGAGCACGAGGGACCAUCGCCCAGCGUCUAUUUGCUCAUCCAGGUGCUAGUGACCAGUCUCCCGCCACCCUCCCCUCCUCAAUGCUUGGGAUGCCACCCAUGAUGAUGGAUGGACUACCAAUGUCCUCGCCGUCGAAUGACUCCAACAUGUCGAAUGACUCUGAUCAGGCCUACUACGUCGAUCACAAUAAUCGUAUCACUCUGCUCCCUGCUAACAAGCGAGCCAAACUUGACAUGGAAGAUGAUGAUUAUGAUGACCUUGAUGACAUGGACAAGGUCGAUAGUGUCAGCGUCGAUACUGACAAGACCGAGGACUUCCAUGUUAAACCAGACCAGGAGGUCAUGGUGUCGUCCUCAGGUAGCAGCCGCAAACGCAAAAGUGCAAUGCCGACCCGCGUCAAGCAGACAGAGGAUGUGAGUGAUGAGAAUAAUGAUGAUGUUCCUCUUCAUGAUAUGUCGCGUCUUGCCGAGGCUCGUCAUGAAAUGCUGCGUCUUGCAGAGAGUCGUCUUACGGAGCCACUCGUUGAACACAGCGACGAUGAGAUGCCACUAAAUCUGACUGAGCCGACACCAAAAAACGAUGCAGCAAAUGACGCCGAUGAUGAAUCACAGGAGGAGGCUAAAAAGGAUGAAACAAGCGAUCGUAAAGUCAGUGACGAUUUUGAUUUCAACAAGAAUCGCGUUUCGGAUAAUGAGUCUUCUUUGCUCGAGGGCAAUGGUUUCAAGGAAAUGGAAGAUAACACGAUCAAGAAAACCGACCAUUUGGCUCAGAUUGGCCUGCGAGCAUCAAAACCUGAGUCUGUAGACAGUGGAGUGGUUCCUGACCAACAAACCAGUGCUGGCCUCUGUUUCUUCGGUCACAUGCCAGUCACGUGUGCUCAGCCCAUCUUCCCAGAUACAGAUCCGUUGAGUAGUCGUCCUCAUAGCCGGAACACGGAUAAUGGUCAUGGCUCGGAUAUGGAGUCAAACGCCUCCUAUGGGUCAGAUAUGGAUCUCUCUCCUGGUCACAGUCCAUCGAGUGGUGAGAGGGAGCGCUUUGAUAUCCCGCUAGAUCGCGACAAUCCAAGGCAGUGUGUUGCUUGUGGUAAACUCUUUCAGAAUCAGUUUGGUGUGAAGACACAUUAUCAGAACGUCCAUCUUAAACUCAUGCAUACAUGCUCAGUUGAGGGCUGCAAUGCGUCUUUCCCAUCGAAACGGAGCAGGGAUCGUCACAGUUCGAAUUUGAACCUUCACAGGAAGUUGUUAUCAACAUCUGGUCUGGAGGGUGAACGGGAUGGCUACUCAAACAGCACUCAAAGUCUUCGCGAUGAAUUCUUGUCCAAAAUUUAUGAUGGGAAUCACUAUGGUGGCAGCAUUCGGGAAAACGGUCAAAAUCAUGAUAAGAAAUUGUCAGAGAUUGAUAAUGAUUCGUACCAGAGCAUCAGCCCACGCCCAAGCAGUGAAGAAUCACCUGAGAAGCUGUCUUCAGUAUCUGAAUCAUUGUCUCUCAGGUCGUACCUCUCUGUCUCUGUGAAUGUCACCGAGGAUGGAGACCACAAGACGAACGGAACCAAGCUUGAGCAAGACUACAGUUACAGUGGUAGUCUCGAGCAGGAUGCCUCACCCCAGCCGGAUCCUGACGGUAGUGUAGACUGUCACAUCUGCAAAGAACGCUUCAGAGACAAUUUGGUUUUGAAGGAACAUUUUGAGAAAGUUCACCCGAAGGAAAUGUACAAGUGCACGAUCACAGGUUGCGAGAAGGUGUUCUCGACACGCAAGAGCCGCAACCGACACAGCCAGAAUGACAACCUGCACCGCCACCUAAUGGCCGGUAUGGGACCUACUGACAAUUUAUGACCAAUAUAUCUUUACGCGUGAUCUUGAGAUUUCACAUGAACUGCAUUUAUAAUUACCGAAUGAUUUGAGUGGUGCUUUACAAAGUUUACUGGUUGGGCGAAACGUGCAAUUACGAGGAGUUACUUCUUUAAUAUAAACACUAAUAUUGGUGCUGAUUUUACCAAAAAGAAUGAACACAUUGGAUGUCACCUUUUGUAUGAUUGAGCAUGGCACGCUUCUAUUGUUUUAUUGUGUACUCAUCAUAACUUCAUUAGAGGUAAUUAGGGAGGAUGGUGGAUUAGUCCCAAUCCUUGGUCCUUCAGGCAUAACUUGUUGCCAGGAGUUAGAAACACUACAAAACACUUCAUGCAUGGCAUGGAGCAUUCACACAUGUCUACUUUAUUAUGUUCCCAAGAAAAUGGCGACAAAGGCUGAGCUACAAUGAUGGUGAAGAAAUGUAAAGGUGCAGUUUCUAUUGGCGUUAGAGGAAGGGUGGUCUUCCUGGCUGUACGACGACCAUGUCAACUUAUUUCUGAUUGGUGCCUAAAUUAGUUUAUUUAUCAAUUCAGCCAACAAUGCAGAAACAAGCUAAACUCAUGAAUGGUGAAACAGACCAAUUGGUCAUUGUCUUCUGGGAAGAGAAUUUUCUCCAAAUGUUGCUGAUAUGACAAUCAACAAAAGUUACAAAAACUCAUUAACUGCUUCAUAAUGGCGUGAACGAUGUUUCAUAAUGGCGUGAACCAUGUUUCAUGAUGGCACGAACCAUUCUUGCAUUGUUGGCCUCGUUGUUGUUUCGUAUCAAAUAAAUCUUAUUUGCGAGAGUUUAAUAUCAAAAUGAUUUAUGCAAAUUAUCCAAAUAUGAUCUCUGCUGAUUUCUAUAAGUUAAUAGAUAGUAAGUUAAUUAGUGAAUAGUAAUUUAAUUAGGUUAAUUAGGCAAAUAGAUUGAAAUAGAUUGAAAUAGAAAAGAAGUGUUUCUAAUAGAUUUUUGUACAGAAAAAAAUUAAUUAAUAAUAAUAAUAUAUUGAUUAUGCAGAAAGAGUUAAAUGUAUGAAAAUUUUAAUCUAGAAUUUUGGCGUUCACAUACCUAGCUGACAUAUGAUUCAACCAGUAUUUAUAGGAGUUCUUGUAUAGUGCACAGAUUCAUGUAGACGGCGGAUUCAGUUGAUAUGAUACAUAGCACGGGGCACCAAAAAAUAAGGAGAUUUCUAAAAGAGAAAUCCUUCUGGAAAUGUACAAUCCUGAUUGUUGAAUCGACUUGGUGGUCUCCUUUAUGCAUUAAACAUGGCAUUGAAACAUUAAUUGUAGGAAUGAUUAUGACUGUUGAUUGUGCCCCAUGUUUAUAACCCAUCAUAGCUUUAUCUAAACCUUCCCGCAACCCUUUGUGGUACAAGUAUUCAAGCCAUAACAUGUCCUGUACACUGGCAGUCUCGAUCCUCAGAUGUGGCUGAGGAAACCUUGUGCUUCUUUAUGACCUAAUACUACAUGUUCAUUUGCCAUCACAGAAUCACAAUAUUGUUAAACAGUUGUUGGUAUUCUUGGUUUUAGUCUGCCAAAACCACAGAAAACCUUUGAAGUCACUUUUUGAUUAGUUCACCAAUAGUAUUAUAGAUGGCAUUGUUGUAUACUCUCUAUCACAUCAAGUAUUCCAUGGCAAAUGGUUGGAACUUGAUUAUUGUGUUUUCCUUGUUUAGAGUUAUUACAUAUGAAAACCAUGUAUGUGAAGAUUGCUGCGAUACAUCUGAUAAAACCCACUGUUAACCUAGUUUGAUAACAAAACCAUGGUCUCAAACCAAAAACAUUGGGUACCGUUUAUAAGAUCCAUCUGAUUAGUUACUGCUGUUUGAUCGUCUGCUCGUAUCACUAAACCAUGGCGACAUCUCUUGUUUUGAAGAGUCAACAUUUAUAUUUUGCUGAGAAUCGGCCGCCGUUGACAAAUACUACUAGUCAUGAUUCGGUCAAUGAAAACCAACCAUUUGCAUAAUUUGAUGAGUGGAUGAGCUUGUUUAGUCACGGUUAACUCGGCGUCAAAACAUUAUUAAUUCACCAACAUUGUAAUCAACUAAAAAAAGUGUCAUUGGCAACUUUUGGCAAGAAUCAGAACUGAUAUGGUGUCAUAGUGGUUCCUGUCUAUAAGUUGGCCUUUGAUGUGGCAGGCUUUUGGAUUAUGUGCAGCUUUCAUGAGUGUUCAAUGAUUUUACAAUAAGUUAAUGGUGCACUUAUGAACCCAUAGUUUGUAUUUCCUGAUGACACAUGUGUUAUUGUCUCCAAGCAUGCGAUGUCUGAACUAAUGAUGCCUACCACUGAGCUGGAAUCAAAACUGGUGUUAAGUUUAAAUUGUCACUUUAUUUAUUAUUAUAUCUUCAACGAUAUGGUGCAUUUAUUUUCUGGUGCAAACUCACAGAUGACUGAAUAUCUGUGCGUUAGAUUAGGUUGUGGGUGUUCUUACUUAAGUCACUUGAAACCAAUGGUACUUUCACAUCGGUGUUAUGAUGUGAUUUAUGAAUCUCAACUUUUAUUUUGUCUUUCCGUAGUUAGAUUUUGUUAUGCGUUUGAAUCUCUGAAGUCAUUGUCUUUAUUUGCAAAUCCUCUAUUCUAUUCUAUAACUGGAAGAUGUUUGCCGACCCCUGGUGGUGUGGGUAUCCAAUAUGUGGUCAUAUAAAGUUGGCCAGACCAACUGAUCUUGGACAAAUAUUGGACACCAUCAUGUUAUGUUAUGCAACAUCUUCCAACACAAACAAACGGCCGCCACAUGUUGUUUUCACGGUAUUGCAGAUGUUUGAUUUUAUGAUAUGAAUCUCAGUUUAUUUUGUGAUCACCUUCCAAAAAUAUUGUAGUCAUAUUGAGGUAGGGAUCGGUUCACGUACAUCAAAAGAGACAGUGUAAUGUACAUUCAAUGUAUCAGUGAAGAACCUGUUUGAGGUGGCUGUUUAGAGCCAAAACAAACCUAAAUAUUGGCACAACAAAGAACCCAUGAUAUCUGACUGCAAUCUUUUUGCUUGCGUCUGCAUAGUUGUGGCUCUUAACAGCUUUCUCCGACUGUUGUAAGGUCCCAAUGAGGAACUGUCUGAUGAUGUCCUCUAUACUAAAAUGGUACUCAUGUAAUGGUACUCGUUGAAAAACUUUCUCAAUCUAAUGGUACCAACCAUACACCAUAUCAGUACUUGUUCAAGGGUACUAGUUGAUGAACAUAAGCUUACUUGUAUUACCACCGUACUGAGGUUGAUCGAAAGGCCCUUGUUUUGGCUUGGCCUCAUUUACCUCAAAGGUUAACUUGAAGUUGAAUGAAAUAUUCGUUGCAUAAUAUUGCCUUCUACGGCAACUUAUGAGGCAUUGUGGAUGGAUCUCCCGAGCUUUCGUACGUGGUCACAUGCAAGUGAAUGGAACACGAGACGAAUGAAAUGUGGAUAAAAAUCCUGAAAAUAUUCAAUAGAUCUAAUGCAAAAACUGAAUGAGUUUUGUGUGAUGGUGCCACUGGCGUGUGUGCUCCGGUUUCAUGGAAGACUGGCCAGAUUUCACAUGAAAAGUGCGAGUCAUUUCCAAUAUUUCUAAUGGAGCGUUUUAUCUGUACAGACUAGCUGGUGGCUUUUUACCACCGGUUUCUGCGUGGCCGCAUGCACAAUCUGAAUGAUUUUAUAUCUAUGAACCGAUCAUUUUCUUGUUCUAUGCAUUUUACAAUGCUCGUCUUGCAUAUCUACUGCUCGUGUUUUCAAUCGGCAAAUCUUAUCACACGCUCGCGUUAUAUUCUAUUUUUACCCAUUACCUCAUCAUGCUUAUAUCAGAGUUGUGUGUUCAUUUUAAAUAUAAAUAAGUUUAUACAUUUGGAGGUAGAUUGAGGAUAACUUAUUAUAUAUUAAUCACUGUUUGGCUCAUUUAAAGCAUUAACACUGAGUCAUCUUUAAAACGCUUCUCAAAAGCUGAAUCAAAUGGGUUCUGUUUGAGAGUUUUGAGAUACCUUACAUUUCAGUAAGUUGUCCUUCAUAAACUCGAGCUACGCACUCGUGAGGUAAGACUCGCAGGUCUUGGACCCGCAGACAAGUGCAAAGUGCGACAGUGAUGAAACAUCGAGUUCUGACAUCAUGAUGUUCUCUCUGAGCUACUAAAGCGAGUGUCGUGGUUUAUCAGUGAGCAAGACCGUCGCCAUUUGAUGCCGAGAAGUUUCAUUGAUUCUAGAGAAUUCAGCGUUGAUGCUUUAAUGAUUGAUGACUUGAUAUUGGUAACUAACAAAUAAUUAAUAUAUGAUCAUUUGUAUAUAGAUAACAUAUAAUUAAGGCUUUAAGAUUAAUAGUAGGAGUUUUGAUAGGAGUUCCUGAUAAAAGAAUAGAAGUUGCUAUUACUAAUCAAAGUAAAUCUUUAUAUAUGAGAGAGUUAUUCGACUGGCAGGAUGGCUGGAAGACUAGUCACUAGUCAAAGUGGAUGCUGUGCUGAUCAAGACAUUGAAGAUGACACCUUCUUCAUGAUCAACUUGCUACUGGUCCAGAGACUCAAUACAAGCUUUUGGCACAAUUCAUGUACUGUAAAGAAUCAGCUUGACUCCUCAUCUACACAAUAUUGCAUAAUAUAUCGCACCUAUUCCUCGGUGUCAUUCAAGGUGCAAAGAUCGGUAAUAUUUCACGAGGUCAUAUGACCUUUAAUGGUUUCCUUGACCUUGACUUUCAAUGGUUUCCUUGACCUGUUCUCAUGUGACCUUGACCUUAGAUGGUUUCCUUCCAGUCAAACCUCCCAGUGUGUGAUACAGUAUCAAAAUAGCAAACAGUUUUGGAGGUAAAUUAUUUAUGAGUUUAUUCAAUGUUGAAUCUCUCCUUUCAAAUCACAAAUGACAUACACAACAGCAUUGGUCAGUCCUGUUACGUGACUGGCCAAGCCCUGUCAGUCCUGUUACGUGACUGGCCAAGCCUUGUCAGUCCUGUUACGUGACUGGCCAAGCCCUGUCAGUCCUGUUACGUGACUGGCCAAGCCCUGUCAGUCCUGUUACGUGACUGGCCAAGCCCUGUCAGUCCUGUUACGUGACUGGCCAAGCCCUGUCAGUCCUGUUACAAGAUCUGACCACGCCCUGUUAGAAAAUAAAUGUGUUGUUGAAUUCAUUGA